CUCUUUUAAAAAACCGGUUAUCUGAAUGAACGUCGGCACGGACCAAUGGCGCCGUCCGGGGGCGGAACCCAAGACCUAAUAGGGAGUCGAGGUUCGAUUAGUCUGGUCGGGCGUGUUCCCGAGAAGUGACGUGCCGGGCACGUUAGCCGUAAAUGAAAAUAAGCUGCUAGGAAUUCCAGGAAAAGCGAGGCCAUCCCGAUCGCCGCCACUUCUUAGUAUACGACUUCGAUGCGAAUCGUGGAAAUGCCGAGAGCCAUAAGAAGUGAUUCCAUUCGUUUGUCGGUUUAGUCGGCUCGCGCUCUCACCGUAUCCCAGACAUGUGUUCCUCUACGGGAUUAACACGCUCCCUACCCGAACUGGGUAAGUGUCUACAGUCGGGAGUUGCGAUCCUCGUGUUUUUUUAAUAGUUACGUCACUCGUAGUUGGUCGUGUGUUGUGUGUGUGUAGAGGAAGAUCGAGGUGCCAAGUUGAGUUUACUCUGUGAUACACGCUUGCCCAAAGCCUUAAUGUAUUGGUCGAGUGAUGCGGAUAUCAUGACGAGACGUCAGCCGGCCGACGAGACUUCUAAGUGUCAGUUUGGUACACUGGGAUUCGUGUUCGUGUCUUAUCCCAUCCAACUGGACUCCAUCGGGAGCAAGGCAGUGCGGUGUCAAUCGUCCAGGUCGGACCGUCAUCCCGACGACAUGACGGUCGAUCGGGACUUACAGCGGAUUUCCAGAACGUUGGAGGUGCUAAAUCAGAGCGGAUAUUACUACGAGGGAGUCUCGUGGCAGAAGGCGGCAGAUCUACUGAAGAACACUUCCGUGGGCACGUUCCUGGUCAGGCCCAGUUCCGACUCCAAGUAUCUUUUCGCCCUCAGCGUGCAGACCGAUCGAGGACCCACCAGCGUCAGGAUACAUUACCUUCGAGGGCAGUUCCGUUUGGAUUCCGAGGACUGCGUGGCUCAUCUGAUGCCCCUCUUCGAUUGCGUGGUACAACUGGUCGAGUAUUAUGUCCAGCUGACUCGAUCGGUCAAGGCGUCCUCGUGCGUUUUGGUGGACGGAUCCGGCAGAAGGGACGUGCCCAUUCGUUUGUGUCGGCCCCUGUAUCGUCACGUUCGCUCCCUGCAGCAUCUGUGUCGUCUGAGGGUGAACGGACAGUUGGUGGAAAGUCGUAAAGUUCCGUCCAACCAGGCCUUGGCCACCGACGUCAGGAAACUGGACCUACCUAAUUCCGUCAAGUCCUUCCUCAGGGAAUACCCUUACGUCCACUGACGUCAGGCGACGACGCCAAAGGGACCAAAAAGUAAAAUAAAAUCUCGCCUUCUUCGAACAUAUCUUCCGAGUGUUACGAGACGACGGCCAAAGAUGUCCUCGGAUUUUUUCUACGAGUUUCCGUACCUGACCACACUAUAUUCUUGUAUCAUAGUAACAGAAAAACCGACACAACCUUUAAUUGUAUAUAGCUUACGUAAGUUAUUAAGGCCCCGAAGGGGUGCGUAAAGUUACCAACGCAGCGACGUAUGUAACGUUUUGUCUUUUUAAUUUAUAUCUCUCCAAUCGUGUGCGCGGGAACAAAAUAAAGAAACGAAAAGAAAAAAAAGAAUAAUACAAGUUAUUUAUGCAACAAGUGCCCGGUGUCAACGUCUGUGUUUCUUUUGCCUUCGUAACAAUGGACCGAAAUUCGGGUUACGCGCUACAUUAGGUGUCGCUUUAUAGGUCAGAGUAGUCGCGGGUCGACGGCGUAACGGGGUCGACUGCGUCGUUCCACUUCGGUCCCCGUCUAUAAAUAUAGUUUCGGGACGGGUGCCAAGUGGGUUGGCGUUCGGAUAUCCGCGGCCUUUCGUAGUCGCUCGCCACAAAACUGGUCCCCGCAAAAAACGAGUCGAGGUAAACGACUCGCCAGAACAAUUGUCCGUCUCAACGGGUUUUUAAAGACGAUCCGGUCGACGACCCCCUUCCCUCUACCUCUACCUAUUUCCGAAAGCAACCGUUGACCUACUCCGCACGUUCCCCCACCGACUACAAAACGUAAUCGUAACCCCGGUGACGUCACGCCUAGACCUUGGCCUGCUGGAAAAGCAUCUUCCACGUCUUCAUUUAUACUUUCAUUGAGCGAUGUAAAACGUAAAACAUAAAAAAGAGCGGAGAAAGAAAGAAAAAAAGACAUUCGUUUCGAAUCGGGAGAGAAGCGCGUAAUUUAAGAUUACGGAAUCGAAUGGCGAAAGGAGGACAUUCUAAGAAAAUGACGUGGUGGUAGCGCGCGCGACGAUGUCACGGUCGAAGGACGAGUCGCGUCACGCGCGCUUCGCUCCAAUGGCGGAUUACGACGGUGCCGACGUCAUUAACCGUGAAUCGAAACCGUAAUGUCCCCAUUGGGUUUGCUGCCAGGACGAGACUUUCUCUUUUUUUUUUUAUCUUCGAGCGACGCUAACUACAAACAGAUGCGUUCUCGGUUUACACUUUGUAGCGCCGCCGGAGGAGCGAGCUUCGAUCCUACGCGAUAUUUAAAUCUUCUAAGUUUAGUAAACGGUUUCUAUAUAAAUAUUUGGAGCGUUGUUAGGGGAACAAAACAUUUUGGUCGAUGGAAACCGAACGAAAACUCGAUAUCGCCGGUUUCGCUUCACCUUCCCGGAAAAACAAUAGACUAAACAAUAACCGUUUACGUCAUCAACACUCGCAUUCCUCGAGACCGUCGCUCGGAUGGAGUGACGUCGU